UACUUAUCCUUUAAAAUCUGCCUCUAGUCUCUCCACCUUUGCAUCUUGUUGUGCUUUGUUUGCCUACAUGGUUGUCAAACCUGGAAGUACAACUAAUGUCCUGCUGCUGACAAUGGUUGGUUACAAGAUCUGCUAGUAAUUAUAUUUCAUUAAAUGGGUGCUCGUUUGUCUGCCCUUAAUAUUAUUCCCAGGCUCUGCGUUGUUUGCGGAAGAGAAAGCUAGUGGAGCGUCGCAUUACGGAGCUGCAGAACAAGCAGGACAACAUACAGGGAAUCUUGGAGAGGAUAUCGGCUGCCGAAACAGACCGCAAGGUUGUCUCUGCGUACCAGAUGGGAGUCUCUGCUCUUAAACAGGCCCUAAAAGAUGUCACUUUGGAGAAGGCAGAAAGUAUUGUGGAUCAGAUUCAAGAGAAGUAGAAAUCAUGCAGAACAUUGCCAAAGUGGAACUGUUAGUUCAUGAGUAUUAGAAGAGGCAUAAGAAAAGGAAGUAAAGGGGAAAUGGAGAUCCUGUGAUAAAGGGCAACGGCUGCAGUCAUCCUACCCAAGGUACAAAGCAGAACUAGCAAACAAAUUAUGCUGGACAGUGGGCGCUGGAUCAGAAAAUCAAAUAAAAUCAAAUAACAAAAUCAAAUAACAAAAUCAAAUUACAUCUACAUUCUACAAUGAACACUUUAACGAAAAGACUUUGGAAAUGUAUUUCUUAUUGCUUUCCAUUUCGUAAAAAGAAACCUAAUGACAAUGCUGUUGAAGAAAUUGAGAUCAAACAGGAAUCACUAGAAAAACAACCUAUUGAAGCUAAUAGUGAAAGAGAAACGAGUUAUGAAGUAAACAGUGAAAGAGAAACAACUAUUGAAGCUAAUAGUGAAAUAGAAACCAGUAAUGAAGUUAAUAGCGAAAGAGAAACAACUAUUGAAGCUAAUAGUGAAAGAGAAACGAGUUAUGAAGUUAAUAGCGAAAGAGAAACAACUAUUGAAGCUAAUAGUGAAAUAGAAACGAGUAAUGAAGUUAAUAGCGAAAGAGAAACAACUGUUGAAGCUAAGAGGAAAAGAGAUACUACUACUAAAGCUCAUAGGAAAAGAAAGGCGGCUAACAAAUCUAAUAGUACAAGAAAAACUGCUAAGAAGCCUAAUGUUUCACCUGAACGGGAUAAAUUGUACUGUGACGAAUGUGUAUCCAGACAGAAGAGAUGCUUCGAAGACCAGGUUAAAACAUCAAUUGCGAAAAAGAAAGUUUUCUGGACUGACUUUAAAAGAUCCAAUGACUUCGAGAGAGGCCUAUUAAGUAGAGGAUGGGUGAAGAAAAUCGCCCCCACCUUCAAUGCUGGUCCCAAGAAAACUGUAUUUCGUGACCCAACAUAUGGACAUAAGAUUAUAAGUCGUUAUGACAUACAACCCAACCUCAUCCUGACACGCAAAGAAUUGAACUCCAUCUUCUGA